UUGUGUUAAAUAGUUUUGUAGAGAAAAUGGAACAGAUUCCGAGGGUUCUGUCUUGGAGGAACAUGUUGGUCCUCUCAUUGGCUAUAAACUUCAGCUUGAUUCUAAGAAUUUUGAAGGGCGACGAUGAAUAUUCAUUGUACAGAACGGCGUAUUUUAGCAUGUGGCCUGUGGCCUCCGGAUCUUCAGCAUCUUGCAACUAUAACGAGAUGGAAGAAGAAAAAGACGACGACAGAAUUAUCAAUCUCAAACUUGGCGAUCCAACAGUGUAUGAGAGAUACUGGCAAGAAAUGGGGGAGAUGGCGACAAUGGUGAUACCUGGAUGGCAAUCUCUAAGCUAUUUUUCAGAUAACAACAACAACCUUUGUUGGUUUCUUGAACCAGAGCUUGGCAAAGAGAUUGUGAGAGUGCAUAACGUUGUUGGGAACGCUGUAACGCAAGACCGCUUCAUUGUUGUUGGCACUGGCUCAACACAGUUGUAUCAGGCUGCUCUCUAUGCUCUAUCUCCACGUGAUGACUCCGGUCCCAUUAAUGUUGUCUCAGCUGCACCCUUUUAUAGCUCAUACCCGUUAAUUACAGACUGUAUCAAAUCCGGUUUAUAUCGAUGGGGAGGAGAUGCAAAGACAUACAAGGAAGAAGGUCCAUACAUUGAGCUUGUUACAUCUCCAAACAAUCCUGAUGGGUUCUUGAGAAAACCGGUGGUGAACCGUAGUAAAGGUAUACUGAUCCAUGAUUUGGCGUACUACUGGCCACAGUAUACGCCGAUAACAUCGAUAGCUGAUCAUGAUGUAAUGCUCUUCACUGCUUCAAAGAGCACUGGCCAUGCAGGGAUGCGCAUUGGAUGGGCUUUGGUGAAAGACAGAGAGACGGCGAAGAAAAUGACAGAGUACAUAGAACUCAAUACGAUUGGGGUUUCAAAGGACUCGCAGCUUAAAGCAUCCAAGGUUUUGAAGGUUGUGUCAGACAGUUGCGAAAAAAGUGGUAAUGAAACGGCUAAAUCCUUCUUUGAGCACAGUUAUGAUGCCUUGUCUAAACGGUGGGAGCUACUGAGACAAGCAGCCAAAAAUAGUCAACAUUUCACUGUUCCUGAUUUCGCCUCUCAACGUUGCAAUUUCCUAGGCAAGGUCUUCGAGUCACAACCAGCUUUUGCAUGGUUAAAGUGUGGAAAAGGGAUUGUAGAUUGCGAGAAGUUCCUGAGAGAGAAGCAGAAGAUUCUAACGAAAAGUGGAAAAUAUUUUGGAGAUGAUCAGAGUUAUGUGAGAAUAAGCAUGUUAGAUAGAGAUUCUAACUUUAAGAUUUUCCUUCACAGGAUUUCAUCUUCAUUCAAUUCAACUUUGUAAGUAU